AUGGCCUAUAUUGCUCAGUUAGAUACUUUCGUCUCUAGACUUAACGAUGACACGGAUUACAAGAAUUGUCACUCGGUUUUGUCUGAAUUGCUUGACAUGAUUGAAACAUUCAAUGGUGCCGCAGAUUAUGAGUAUUUCUUGAAGAACCUUACGCCAAUUUUCAUCAAGAAACUUAAAGAUGUGCCAGUUUCAUUCAACAGUCUGUCCAUGGAGCAUAAGUUGCGUAAUUCGGUCUUAGAGAUUAUCCAUCGCUCAAUUAUGAAUGAGACCUUCCAACCAUAUUCAGAACAAAUCUUGGAGACCUUGACCGAGAUUUUAGUAGAGGAAAACGAAGAUAAUGGAGUGUUAUGUAUGAAAAUCAUCACAAGCUUGCACAAGACAUACAAGGCCAAUUUGAGUGAAAAGGUACAGCCAUUCGUGGAUAUUAUCAAUGAAAUUUAUAAGAACAUGCCUCAAACAGUGAAGGAUGUCUUUGAAGAGGACAAGAACAGGGACAAGGACAAGGAUGCCGAAUCUUCACCCACAGCAUCAGAAACUAAUGGUAGUAAGAAAGAAACGUCCCCUGGUGUGGUUGGAGCGGGAUCGUUCAACGAUGAUUCAGCACAACAACCCAAAACGCUUGCAAAAGCUAUGUAUUCCUUCAAGACACUUGCAGAAUGCCCUAUUACCAUGGUUUCCCUCUAUUCUUCCUACAAGAAUUUGGUUCAGACAUCAUUGCCAACUUUUUUGCCAAAUAUAAUAAAUAUUUUAACCUUGCAGGUCGAACAGCAAAAAAUCUUUAGAGAAGAGGCAGAGAAGGAGGGCAAAAUCACUACAUCUAUUUCUCCACAAAUCAAAAAUAGACAAGCUUUCAGUGAUUUGAUUUUGGGACAAGUUAAAGCUGCCUCUUUCUUGGCAUAUGUUUUCAUUAGAGGUUACGCAAAUCAACAAUUGGGCCAGGAGCAGAGUAAAAUAGUGCCUGAUGUUAUUCUUCGAUUAUUACAAGAUUGUCCAGCAGAGUUGUCGGUAGCAAGAAAAGAAUUAUUGCAUGCAACCAGACACAUCUUAUCGACCCCAUUCAGAACCCAAUUCAUUCCCAAGAUAGAAUUAUUAUUUGAUGAAAAGAUAUUAAUAGGAGAAGGGUUAACUUCCUUCGAAACAUUGAGACCAUUAGCUUAUUCAACCGUUGCAGAUUUUAUUCAUAACGUUAGAAAUGAGUUAACCCCUAAGCAAAUAUGGUCAACCGUUAGAAUAUAUUGUGAUCUAUUGAAAGACGAUCUGUUGGCCCUAACUGUUCAAAUUAUGAGUGCAAAAUUACUUUUGAACUUAGUCGAAAGAAUAAUGAAAUUACCAAAUAAAUUAGAGGGUAGACAACUUUUUAUGAUAAUAAUUGAUUCGUAUGCUAAAAGAUUCCAAAGCUUAAAUAGAAAGUACGACUAUACCAUAAGGAAGCACAACGAAUUUGAAAAGAAGAGAACCAAGAAGGAAAUUGAAUCUAAAAAGGCUAUACAAAGAUACAGCAGCAGGAAGGUCGAUCAAUUAGAGGGCGAAGAAACUAAAGACGAUACAAUUGAUGAAGAUAAAUUAUUGGAAAAUGACAACAAGGAUCCGCAACCUGAACAGAAAGCGAUUGAAAAUCUGAAUGUUAAUGAUGCUCAUGACGAUAUUGAAAUGAAGGAUGUUGAAAAAUCAGAUACAACAGAGACCAAGCCAGGUACUUCCUCUUCUGAAACCAUCGACAUAUUCAAUAUAGAAGAACUUUCUCCAAUAAGUUCAUCUCCUGUAAAUAUAAAUUCAGAUCUUCUCAAAGAUGCUCGUUACCUUUUCCGUACAUUGAUGACUUUUUUGAAAUCAGUUAUAUUUGGCCUUAAAAAUUGCAACCCACCUGUUCCUCCUCAGCCAGUUCCUACAGAUCCUAAGAUUGCAGGCCAGACCGUAAACUACGACAAGUGGAAUGAUUCCGCAAAGAUAACAUCAUUCGAAGAAGUCAAUAUCUUGAGAAAUUUGUUCAGAGGUGGUAUCAGUUGUUUAAGAUUCUUUUCUGUUUCCAAAUCAAAACCUAGCAUUCCAACAGGUAAGUCGUUUGAUUUUUCCACUGGUGGACCAAAUUUACCAAUAACUUCUUCCAAAGAAGAGAAAGACUUAAUGGAAAUCUUUGCAACUAUAUUCAUUCAUAUAGACCCUGCUUCAUUCAACGAAAUUGUUACAUAUGAAUUACCUUUCAUGUUUGAAUCAAUGCUUGAAAAUGCAGCAUUGUUACAUUUACCUCAAUUUUUCCUUGCAAGUGAAAUAACUUCAGCCAAUUUUUCAGGAAUAUUGAUCUCAUUUUUGAAAUCAAAACUCGAUGAGUUAGGAAGAGUUGAAUUGAUUAAAUCAAACAUAUUGAUUAGGUUAUUCAAAUUAUGCUUCAUGUCUGUCAACUUAUUCCCUACAGCUAACGAGAGUGUUAUUUUACCUCAUUUAAACUAUUUAAUUUUGGAGUCAUUGAAGCUUGCAACUAAGGCAGAAGAGCCAAUUGUAUAUUCGUAUUUAGUACGAAUUUUGUUUAGAAGUAUCAGUGGAGGAAGAUUCGAAAACCUCUACAAGGAAAUAAUGCCUAUUUUACCUGUAUUAUUGGAAAGCCUCAAUAAAAUGAUUGCUAAUAGCAGGAGACCUUAUGAGAGAGAUAUUUAUGUUGAAUUGUGUUUGACUGUUCCAGUUAGACUCUCCGUUUUAGUUCCUCACUUGAAUCAUUUAACAAGACCUUUAGUGUAUGCCUUGAAUGGUACCCAAGAAUUGGUCACUCAAGGUUUGAGAACAUUCGAAUUAUGUGUUGACAAUUUGACAGCUGAGUAUUUUGAUCCAAUGAUUGAGCCUGUCAUUGAUGAAGUAAUGGCAGCAUUAUGGAAGCAUUUAGAACCUGUACCAUACCAUCACCAACAUUCUCACACAGCAAUCAGAAUAUUAGGUAAAUUGGGAGGUAGAAACCACAAAAAUUUCAAGCCGUGCCAAAGUUUAGUCUUCCUGGGAGAAUUAGACCAGGAAGUAAAUGCAUUAUUCACCAUUCAUGGCUUAAAUGGGGAAAUUCCUGUUUCAAUAACACCAGGUAUUCGUUCUGCAAUUGAUUUAUUGGAAGAUCCAAGACUUAAAAUACAUUAUAGAAUUAGUGCAUUUAAAUAUUUAUCUGGAAUUUUGAAAUUAUUUAUUGACACAACAAGACCAGGUUCAGUGGAUGGGCAAGAAUACUCGAAGUUUCUUCUUAAAUGCAUUGAAAAUUUGAAAAGUGAUGCUGUAAGCGAAGCAUCGGAAAUAGAAGAUGGCAUUGAAUUAUCCGACUCAGAUAUUAAAGAUAUCUCUAAGUUGGAUCGUCAACAAAAGUUAUUCCUUAGGUUAUUAGAAAUUUUAUUCUUUUCUAUUUCAAUCCCAGAACUUAAAGAUGAAGCAAGUGAAUUAAUUGACGGAAUAACAACACAUUUCACCUUAAUCUAUGUCGGUACCUCUGUUAUUGACAGAGUGAAGAAGGAGAGAUCCUUCUCAGUGAACGAUAAAGAAGGUAAAUGCUUUAUUGACGAAACAACUUUUUUGAAUGCAAUUAACUAUGCGUUGAGCUUUUGGGAUAAAGACGUUAGACAGAAGGGUAUUGAUCUGAUCAAAAAGAUAUAUGAGACUUCCGUUAUCAUAUUUGGAUCUGAUGAAAACGCAUUGUAUUCGCCAAUUUUUAGGACAAUGUUUUACAAAUUCACCCAUUGCUGUUACAAUGAAUAUUAUCAUACUAAAUUAGGAGGUAUAUUGGGUUUGAAGACUUUAUUCGAAGAAUUAAGAAUACCACCCAGUUGGUUCUUCAAGAGGCAGUUUGAAUUGGUAAGAUCUGUUUUCUUUAUACUCAGAGAUACCCCCGAGACCGCACCUUACGAAGUCAGAGAAUUAGCUAAAAAUUUAGUUAUCAAGAUUUUGCAAGAGUGCAAUGAAAAGUUGACAAAAGAAACAAUAUUAGAAAAGCCAUUCCAAACCUUAAUAGGGGCCUUAGUAUACGACUUAGCUAGUGCGAAUCCUUUAGUCAGAGAAGUCAGUCAGAAGUCUUUGAAAGUCUUAUCUGAUACAACUGACGUUCCCAUUGCUACAAUUAUGGGACCCUGUAAACUGUUAUUACUUACACCAAUUUUUGGCAAGCCAUUGAGAGCUUUACCUUUUCCAAUGCAAAUUGGAAAUAUUGAUGCAAUAACCUUUUGCUUAGGGCUUGACAAUACCUUUUUGACAUUCAACGAUGAAUUAAACAGAUUAUUGUUGGAAGCACUCGCUCUUGUUGAUGCUGAAGAUGAAUCCUUAGCCAACGUUCAUAGAUUACACGAGUAUAGGACAGCCAAACAGUUGAUCGAAUUGAGAGUAGUCUGCAUAAAGCUUCUCUCGUUGGCAUUAACAAAACCAGAUUUCUCUUUGGGAUCUUUAGCUGAAGCAAGGAUUAGAAUCUUGGGUGUUUUCUUUAAGGCGCUAUGUAACAAAUCCACUGAAAUCAUCCAUGCAGCUCAUUUGGGUUUAAAGUCAUCUCUACAAGAAAAUGCUAAAUUGCCCAAGGAACUUUUACAGAAUGGUUUACGUCCCAUGUUGAUGAACUUGUCUGAUCACAAAAAAUUGACAAUUUCUGGAUUAGAAGCAUUAGCUAGAUUAUUGGAAUUGUUAAUUUCGUAUUUCAGAGUUGAAAUUGGAAGAAAAUUAUUAGAUCAUUUAAUGGCAUGGGCACAAAUUAACACGUUGCGUCAAAUAGCCCUGCAAGAUCUUGAGAACAAUCACACUGUUCAGAUUGUGAUGGCGAUAUUGAAUAUAUUUCACUUAUUACCUGCAAAGGCGUACACCUUUAUGGAAGAAAUAAUUGGCACUUUACAAUAUUUAGAGGGCCAUUUGGACCGCCAUCAAAAUUCUCCAUUUAGAAUUCCUGUUGCGAAAUUCUUGAACAGAUUCCCUGAAAAUUGUAUUGACUACUUCACUCAAAAUUUCAAGAAUAGAAAGUUAGGUAGUAUGUUAGCAUCGUUUGCUGGAAUGAAGGAUUGCGAUAAGAUAAGGAAUGUUGCAAAAGAAAGGAUUCAGACAAUAUAUGAAGAUGUUGUGGGAGAAACUGAUCCUGAGGUGAAGGUUGUUAAGUUCGCUAACUUAGUGGAUUUAUUAGAAUCUAUUACUUCUCGCGACGAAGAUUGGUUCAAUUCACUGAAGGAAUUGUUAUUAAGUGUUCUGAAAAUGAUUGAGCAAAUCGUUGAAUUAAAAUACAAUUCAGCACUAAUAUCCGCAGCUCAUUUCCAAGCCGAUCAAUCUAUUUCAAAAUUCUUGAAUAUAAUAGUGAACUAUCUUAUUUUGAAUCCAGGUGAGUCUUCUAUGGUUUUUAGCACAAUUGAGAUGCUUUGCUCCUUAAAGGUCAAACUUCCAUCUGAAUUGGAAGAUUUCAUUUUUAAACAUAUUGUUUGCUCAGAUGAUAUUAGUCACAGAGAACUAUACUUAAACAAUUCCAUUGAUUUUAUAACCACUGACGAAAAGGCAAGCUUGAAGACAAAAAUCAUGUGUUUGAAGAAGAUUAUUAACUCGAUUUUACUAUUUGAAAUUCUGAAGAAUGGAAAUGCCGAUGUAUUCUUCAAAAGUGAUGAAUGGAUAAAUAAAGUGUGUAACAAUAUCUGGCGCUCGACGAACGAUAUUAUUACUGAUCACACAUCUGGAACUAUGGAUACUUAUAGAUUUGAACUUUUAGAAAUGACGUCCAUUUUGCUCAAAUGGUGCACAUCUUCCGUUUCCAGUUAUAGAAAAGAUAUUAUUAAGUUCAGUUGGAACUACAUCAAACUUGAAGAUAAUAUAACCAAACAGGUUGCAUAUGUUGCGACUGCCUUUUUUAUUUCUGCGUUCGAAAUUCCAGCGAAAUUAGCAACCCAAGUAUUCGUUGCACUCUUGAGAACCCAUCAGACAGAUUCCAGACAUCUCGUUAGACAAGCAUUAGACAUUUUAGCACCUGUUAUGUCUGAAAGAAUGAACGAUGUCGAGGCGCCGUUGAGUUGGUUGAAAUGGCCAAGAAGAGUAAUUUCCGAGGAUGGAUUCAAUGUAACACAGGUACUUAAUGUUUAUCAAUUCAUCGUCCACCAUCCAGAUUUAUUCUUCGUUGCUAGAGAACACUUCGUUUCUAAUAUUAUUACUGCCAUGGGUAAGUUGACAAUCUUGGCUAAUCCAGCAUUGGAGAACCAAGUUUUAGCAAUCGAGUUGUCUGAACUAAUUUUAAAGUGGGAAACUAAGGGAGCAAAGGAAAAACAAGAAAAAAUAGUUGAAGACGGGGCCACAGCAGCGCUUGAAAAUGGAGAGUCUAAGGAGUCAGAUGAAAUCGAAGUUGAUCAAGAAGACAAUCAAGAAGAAAAUGAAGAAAAUAGGAUCACUCGAGCAGAUCUGGUUUCAGAUUUCACGACCUCAUCAAACUAUAGUAUCCCAUUUGGCCAACGUGAAGCAUGUGUGACUUUCUUGAUUAGAUAUGUGUGUAUCAGUCCCCAACGUGCUUCCGAAAGUGAAUUGGGUCAAAAGGCUUUAGGUAUACUUUACGAUCUUUUGAGCCCAAGGCAUUGGUCAGAAGUCUCUGUUAAGUUGACAUUUUUUGAAAAGUUUUUGCUCUCCAAUGACUUAAAUUCCUCCAACUUAUUAGGCUAUUGUUUGAAUGCAUUAGAAGUUUUAGGAGUAGUGUUGGAGUGGAAAAAAUCUGAAUGGAUUGUUUCCAAUUUAGGAUACCUUCAAAAGUUAUUGGAAAAAUGUAUCAAAUCUGAUAAUCAUGACAUUCAAGAAGUACUUCAAAGGGUAUUGAGAAUAAUAUUACAGGCAAUCAACGAUGAAAAGGGAACUUUAACCUCAAUGGAUGAUGAAGAAGAUGAAGUUAAGGAUUUUAUUUCUCUUUUGAUUUCCACUGUCUCUGAAGAUCUUGGCGAUAUGCCUUCAGUAGCUGCUGGAGUAACAUUGUCAUGGACAUUGGCCAAUUAUAGGCCAUCGACUUUAGAUUCAUUAUUACCUCUGAUAAUGAGGACAUUUAGCAAACUUUGUAAAGAUCACAUCACAAUAACUCACCAAGGAUCUCAGUCUUCUUCCUCACCCAAAGACAGCUCAAAUUCUGAAUUUGAGGCUAGAAUGACAACAAAGCUUCUAGAAAAGAUUUUAAACUUAUCUUCGAUGAGAAUUUCCAGUCUUGGCGAUCAACGUCGUAUUUUCUUAUCCUUAUUAGCACAAUUAAUCGAAAGGUCGUUGGAUAAAGCAACGCUAGAGAAAAUUAUUAAGAUGGUAAAGUCCUGGGUCUUUUCUAGAACCGACUUAUUUCCUACAACUAAGGAGAAGGCGGCAAUUUUAGCGAAGAUGAUGGUCUUUGAGAUUAGAGGGGAACCUACUCUUUCAAAAGAUUUCUAUCAAAUUAUAGUUGAUAUCUUCGAAGAUGAUACCUUCAGCUGUACUGAAUUAACAGUAAGAAUGGAGCAGCCAUUUUUGGUUGGAACUAGAUCAGCAGAUGUUUCUAUUCGAAGAAAAUUGAUGUCGAUUUUGAACAAUAGUUUGGAAAAGGACAUAAGCAAAAGAUUAUAUUACGUGAUUCGAGAACAAAAUUGGGAAUACCUUGCAGACUACCCAUGGCUAAACCAAGCUUUACAAUUAUUAUUCGGAGCUUUUGAAUUUGAUAGAAAUAUUGAAUUGCUUAGUGAUGAAUACAAAUUACCUCCUUUGGAGUCCGACAGAUUUAAAUUCCUCCCUGAGGAAAGAACUACUGAAGGUGACGAAGAUGGAGAUGCUAUGGAUGUAGACAAUGAAGAAAAUGCAAAUCUAAGUAGUUCAGAUGAUCUUAACACAUUAAUUAGUAAACAUUUUGUGUUUUUGGAAAAAAUCUCUUCCAUCACGGCUGGUGAAAUCCUUGAACCCCUUAUUGACAUGUUUUACCAAAGUAGUCAAAGUAUUCACAGAGUUUGGUCUAUAAUUUUUCCAAUUGCCUUCAAAUCGAUCCCAAGAUCAGAACAUUUAGAUUUCACGAGAUUUUUAGUAAUUUUACUUUCCAAAGACUAUCAUACCAGACAAGCUGAUAGUAGACCAAAUGUUAUUCAGUCGUUGCUUGAAGGUGUUGCAAGAACAAAUGAAUUACAAUUACCACCAUUUGCGAUUGAGUGCUUAGCAUCUAACUUUAAUGCUUGGUCACAAGGUAUUCACAUCUUAGAAACCAUCGAGAAGCAAUCCAUCAAUGGUAAUGCCGAAGUUCGUGAGGUCACUCAAGAUGCAUUGGCUGAACUAUACGCAACUUUGAAAGAAGAUGAUAUGUUCUAUGGAUUGUGGAGGAGGAGAGCCAAAUAUUCCGAGACAAUCGCGGCUCUCUCAUUUGAGCAAAUUGGAUUAUGGGACAAAGCUCAACAACUCUAUGAGACUGCACAAAUCAAAGCAAGAAGUGGUGCAUUACCUUAUGGAGAAUCAGAAUACGCAUUAUGGGAAGACCAUUGGAUAUUAUGUGCUGAAAAGUUGCAACAUUGGGAUAUCCUCACAGAGCUAGCCAAGCACGAAGGAUUUUCAGAUCUAUUAUUAGAGUGUGGCUGGAGAGUUGCGGAUUGGAACACAGACAGAGAGACUUUAGAUCAGACAGUAAAGAGUGUCAUGGAUGUGCCUACUCCUCGUCGUCAAGUCUUCGAGACUUUCUUAUGCUUGCAAGGUUAUGGCCAGGAAAAAGAAACCUUACACGAUUUAUCUAAAUUAUGUGACGAAGGUAUACAACUUGCAUUAAGGAAAUGGCAUGGUUUACCAACUAGAUUUAACAAUGCACACAUCCCAUUACUCCAUACAUUUCAACAGUAUGUUGAAUUUAUGGAAGCAAGUCAAGUUUAUGCUCUGCUUGUUACCACAAACGCUGAAAAUUUGGACGCUAAAUCCCAAGAAUUGAAGCGUGUGUUACAAGUUUGGAGAGAAAGAUUACCUAAUAUAUGGGACGAUAUAAACAUUUGGAAUGAUUUGGUCACAUGGAGACAACAUGCUUUCCAAGUAAUUAAUAAGGUAUACAUGCCAUUUAUUCCGAUGCUUCAACAAUCAAACUCAGGGGGCAAUGCAAAUUCUUACGCGUACAGAGGUUUCCAUGAAAUUGCUUGGGUUAUUAACAGAUUUGCUCAUGUUGCUAGAAAGCAUAGCAUGGCGGAUGUUUGUAUUAAUCAAUUGACUAAAAUCUAUCAGCUACCAAAUAUUGAAAUUCAAGAAGCAUUUUUGAAAUUGAAGGAACAGGUCAAGUGUCAUUAUCAGAAUCCAAAUGAAUUGAAUACUGGACUCGAUGUGAUCCGAAACACUAACUUGGUAUAUUUUGCAACUCAGCAGAAGGCAGAAUUUUUCACAUUGAAGGGUAUGUUCUUGAAUAAACUUAAUCAAAAAGAUGAAGCUAAUAAAGCCUUCGCCACCUCUGUUCAAAUUGACUUGAAUUUGCCAAAAGCCUGGGCAGAGUGGGGUAUGUUUAAUGACCGUCGCUUCAAAGAGAAGCCUAAUGAUAUGGUUUACGCCAAUAAUGCGAUUAGUUGUUACUUGCAGGCUGCCGGACUUUAUAAAAAUGGUAAAACAAGAAAGCUACUUGCUAGAAUUUUGUGGCUCAUCAGUUUAGAUGAUGUGUCAGGAACACUAGCACAAGCUUUCGACAAUUUCAGAGGUGAGGUACCAGUUUGGUACUGGAUUACAUUUAUUUCUCAGUUGUUAACAGCUUUAUCUUAUUCAGAAGCAAGGUUAGUUAGGCAGAUCUUGAUACGUAUUGCUAAGAGUUAUCCACAAGCUCUUCAUUUCCAACUUCGUACUACCAAAGAAGACUUCGCUGCCAAGCAAAGACAAUUUAUGGACUCACGUAACAGCUCGAAUAGAGCAAAUACCACUGCUCCACAAAAACAAGAUAUUAAGAGUGAAGAGAAGACUAACGAUUCAGUUAAAAGUGAACCUACUGAAAAUGUUCAAAAUGCAAGCGCAGGUACUACUCCAACUGCUACUCUCGCAAAAGAUGCUUCGCCGCCUUCGUCCUCAGCACCUGCUUCAAGUCACCACACAAAUGGAAGUCCAGCUGCUUCUGGCUCUCCUGGAGCGACCGCUACUACGGGAGCUCAGGCAACCUCAUCAGCUCCUGAUGCUAGAUCGUCUAACCCAUCGACUUCAAAGGCAACCCCAGUUCCUACUCCAGCUGCCAAUAGUGGCGGAGCUACACCAGGCUCAACUACUGGAGUUCCAGGUACGAGCAGUACUCCAGGUACUAAACCUCAACAAGCUUCAGCCAAUGGAGCGGUUCGCCAAUCUUGGGAGCAUGUUGAAGAAAUCAUGGGAAUUUUGAAAACUGCUUAUCCUUUGUUGGCCUUAUCAUUAGAAUCAUUAGUUGAUCAAAUCAACCAAAGAUUUAAAUGUACAGCAGAUGAAGAUGCGUACAGGCUUGGUGUUGCCUUGUUAAAUGAUGGAGUUCAAUACUUGAAUAGACUUGGAAAUCCGAGGGAUGAUGCUAAACUUCCUCCUUCUACGGAGGCAAAUAUCACUAGGUUUGCUGAAACAGUCUUACCUAAACAAAUUCGCUCAGAGUUUGAAAAGGAUUUGGUGAUAGGAAAGCCAAACUUGGAGACUUAUAUUAUUAAAUUGAGAAAGUGGAGGGAUAGAUUGGAAGAUAAAUUGGACAGAAGAUUCUCUGAAGUUAAUUUAGAAAAUCUUUGCCCACAUUUGAGCGAGUUCCACCAUCAAAAGUUCGAAGAAAUCGAGGUUCCUGGUCAAUAUCUUCUCAAUAAGGACAAUAAUGCUCACUUUGUAAAGAUCGAAAGAUUCUUGCCAACCUUGGAUUUAGUACGUGGUACAAACGCUUGCUACAAGAGAUUGAAAAUCAGAGGGCAUGAUGGGAGUCUACAUGCAUUUGCUGUUCAAUUCCCUGCUGCUCGUCACUGUCGCCGUGAAGAGUGCGUAUUUCAACUAUUUCGUAUAUUUGGAGAUACACUCUCCAGAAAAGUGGAAACUCGCCGUAGAAAUAUCCAAUUUACUUUACCUAUUGCAGUACCAUUAUCACCACACAUUCGAAUUAUUAACGAUGACUCAAAGGACAUUACCAUGCAAAAGGUUUAUGAAGACUUCUGCAAGCGCAACGGUAAGAACCGUGAUGAACCAUUUGUUUACACUGUUGAAAAACUACGUGCAGCUUUUGAUCCUCGUCUCCCCAAACCAGACAUUAUGAGUAUUAAGGUCGAAAUUUUAAGUGCCAUUCAAUCUUUAUUAGUUCCAUCAACAAUAUUGAAGAACUACUUCAUUGAAAAUUAUCCGCAAUUUGAAGACUUUUGGCUAUUCAGAAAGCAAUUUACUUCCCAAUAUGCCUCAUUUAUAUUCUCUACUUACAUGAUGUGUGUAAAUACCCGUCAACCUCAAAAGAUCCAUGUCAAUAAAGGUUCUGGUAGUGUUUGGACGUCUGAUAUGCUACCAUGUAAGAUUGCAAGCAAGAAUGCCUCGUUAGACGGAUCAAGAGGAGGAAAGCCUGCUCCCUUAUUUUACAAUGCUGAAUUGGUUCCAUUUAGACUCACUCCAAAUAUUCAAAAAUUGAUUGGUGAGACUGGUUUAGAAGGUAUUUUAUCAGUGUACAUCUUAGCUAUUGGUCGAGCAUUAACUGAGCCUGAAUCGGACUUGGAGCAAUAUUUAACGUUAUUUGUUCGUGAUGAAGUAAUAUCUUGGUCUACACAACAAGAUCCUCCUCGUCCUAUUCCUCAAGAUUCUCAAUUGAGAGAAAUUGUUCGUGUCAAUGUCGAUUUGAUCAUUAAGCGUGUAUUAUCAAUGGGCCAUAUUUCAAGUGGUCCAAGUACUGCAACACAAAAUGUUUUGGAGUUAAUUGCUCAAGCUGUCAACCCAAGAAACUUAGCUGCUGCUGACACUUUAUGGAUGGCAUAUUUCUAA